UGCUUAUCUUUACAGGUCUUGGGUUGUCUUAAAAUUCAAGGACUGUUGGAAAGCAGUGGGAAAACGGGAAACACCGUGAAUAUGAGGAUUCUCCGCCAUCUGCUGGUGCUUUUAACGCUCCUGGUCCUCGGAAGCGGUGCACAGCGAUUCUCCAAUGGCUAUUAUUAUCAGGAUAUAAUUAAUGGAAAUGGCAAUGGGGAGAUAUAUUUCCACAAGAUCCGUCUUCACGUUGAGUCUCCUGAAACGUUAGUGUCGGCUGUUCAGGGGAGUAACGUCACACUGCCGUGUCAUUACCGCUACGAGCCGGCGCUCAGCGAGCCCCGCAAAACAAGGGUCAAGUGGUUCCUGCAACCCCUGAGCGGCGAGGAACGGGAGCGUGACGUCAUGGUUGCCAUCGGCACGCGUCACCGGAGUUACGGAGACUUUAAAGGACGCGUGCGGCUCCGCCGAAGCGCCCCUGGCGAUGUGUCCCUCGUCAUCAACCCGCUACAGUCCGACGAUAUCGGCCGUUACCGGUGUGAAAUUAUCGAUGGUCUCGAGGACGAGAGCGUGACAGUGCAUCUUAAGAUUCGAGGUGUGGUGUUCCCCUAUCACUCCUCUAGGGGGCGCUAUCUGAUGAACUUUCAUGAGGCUAAGGAGGCAUGUGAGAAACAGGAUGCACACCUGGCUACCUUUGAGCAGCUCUACGCUGCAUGGGAGGAAGGGCUGGACUGGUGUAACGCUGGGUGGCUCAUGGAUGGGACGGCCCAAUAUCCCGUCGUAGUGCCGCGAGAGGCUUGUGGUGGCACCGACCUGGCACCUGGUGUACGGAGCUACGGCGUUCGAGACAGAAGUCUGGACCGGUUUGAUGCAUUCUGCUUCACUUCGUCCAUUAGAGGAGAGGUCUACUUCUUGCAACAUCCCAUCAAACUAAAUUUCACAAAGGCAGCAGAGGCCUGUCAGAAUGAUGGAGGCCGGAUUGCUAAAGUUGGCCAGUUAUACGCAGCCUGGACGUUUGUGGGAUUGGACCAAUGUGAUGCGGGCUGGUUGGCUGAUGGUAGUGUACGUUACCCAAUCAUCCAACCCAGGAUGAACUGUGGUACAUCAGAACCAGGGGUGCGCAGCUUUGGCUUUCCUCCGAAACAUUUAAAACAUGGCGUAUAUUGCUACAAAGUCCACUGGUAAAAUGUACAAUUUAUUUCAAAUUUAUAAACACUUCUGUGGAAACCACAGUGAACAAUACUUUUUUUUCUAUACUACUGAUAUUCAAUUUGUAAUAACAUGUCUUUUAUUAUGUCUUGAUUUGAU